GUGUCGUCAUUCCCCUCACAAUCUCAUAACGCUUUGUGACGAUUGAUGUACGCAAAAGGUGGAAUUCGAUGGAAAAUCAUUGAAGAAUGGCAUGCGACCAAGUUUUCUGGUACCAAGUAUUGAUGUCGAGCUAGGUGAUCUAGAUUUGUUCGAAUAAGAAAAUAGGCAAAUAUAUAUAUAUAAGAAUUGAAGCUUUCAGUUUCUUCUUCUUUUCUCCAUAUACAAAUACAUCCCCCUUCAAAAGUUCAAUACCCUUACUUUACAUAUCAAUUGGAUUACUCCGUCGUUGUUUCCUCCCUUUAUACACAUCAUACUCGUACCGUUCUUCGUAAUAAGAUACCCAAACGACAAAACACAACACAACACAUACAUAAUGCUCGCCUCAAGAACAGCAUCAAGAGCUGCGGCUCGCACAAUUCGUGCACCCAUUAGACAACAAGCUAGACAGACUAGGUUUGUUUCGACGACACAAGCUGAAGGUGCAAAGGCAGGCGGUGCUUCGGGCUUUGCAGCGGGCGUUGCUGGUGGUGCGGUGGUUUUGGCUGGAUGCUACACAUACUACCAAUUCUCUGGUGCCAAAACUGUCGUCAACGCUUACUCUUCCACGAAGUCCCAAUUCCAAAAAGCUACCUCAACGCUUUCUGAAAAAGCUCCUGAACCAAAUCAAGCUAUCAAAUGGCUCCGCAAUGCCACUUCUUCUUACGCCGCCUUUAUCCCUGGUGCACAAUCGUUCCUCGAUAGUGCAUUCAACGAUAUUGAGAAGGUGCAAGAAAAACAUGGCAAGGAAGUCGAUGAGAUUGUCAACAAAACAUAUUCUGAAUUGAAGGAUAUCAGCAAGAAGGGAGGGCUUGAUAUGCAAACUGCGGUGCAGAGUUAUAAUGUGUUGACAAAGGCAUUGAGUGAGAUUGCUGAGUUAGGGAAGGAUUCUCUAGGAGACAUUAUGGACAACCACCCACAGAUUAAGAAACAAGUAGGGGGUAGUUUGGAUCAAUUGAAGAGCAUGGCUGAGAAUUAUGGACCGGAUGCCAAGAAAGAAUUGGAUGAUACUUAUAAAAAGGUUUCUGAGAUUUUUGCUGGAGGUUUGGGUGCCGGGUCGAUCGAUAAAGUCCGCAAAUUGAUCCAAGAGAAGAGCGAGAAGGUUCAGAAGCUUGGAGAACAAGCUUGGAAUAAGGGAAUGGAGGAGUGGAAACCAUAUUUGGAAAAGAACCCUAAGGUCAAGGAAAUCGUCGAGAAGAAUGCCGAUGCUUUGAAAUCCGGUAACGUCAAGGAAAUCUUUGAUCAGGUCAAGAGAGCUAUUGAGUCUGGAAACACAGAUGAUCUUCAAAAAUAUGUAAAGGAUGCAGGAGAGAAGGCAAAGAACAGUGGAUUGGGACAAAACUUUCAACAAUACGCUCAACAAGCUGCGAAGAUGGCGGGAAUUCCCGGAUCAGAAAAGUUGUGGGAGAAAUUACAACAUUUGCAAGAUGUAGCAAAGGACCAUGGAGAUGAGUUGGAGGGAUUGGUAAAGAGUGCUUAUGAAGAUAUCAGUAAGGUUGUUGAGAAGAAGGUUGCUGAGGCCGAGAAGUUGAAGGGCAAGGUCGAGAAGGAUGCUAAGAAAUAAAGGGGUAAUUUUCAUUGGGACGAAUGAAUGCAGAAUGGUUAUGAGUUAUGUUGGCUUGCUUGUAAUAUAAUUUGGGCUAUGGGUUGCAUGGGAUUGGGCUGGGCAUGACACUGGGAUGGAGAACAGAACAGAACGAAACGAAAAACGAAUAAAAGUAAUUAAUGAUCACUGCUAU